AUGACAACUGAAUUCGAUGGUCGACGAAAAGAAUUGUUGGAGAUAAAUUCAAAAGCUUGGGCUGGAGAGUACGAUUUCCCUCUUGCAACCAAGUUGGAUUCAUCCUUGAAGAAAAAUUCAGCAUUUAUCAAGAAAGUGAAAACUGGAUUAAAUCAGGACCAGUAUGCUAAUGUUUUGAAAGACAUUGGGUCUGUUUCUAUAGAAAAGUACUUGUCGGAAGUUAUCGUUUCGAUUGUGGACGGCUUGUGCAAAGUUUCCAAAAAUGAUGACAUUAAUGCGGCCGUAGAGGUUGUCUCGGCGUUACAUCAAAGAUUCGGGAAACAGUUUAUAGGUGAAUUGUUAAACAAUAUAUUGGUGCAGAUGAUGAACCCAUCAAAGUCAGACGACAAGGAUGAUCCUUCUUGUGUGACUCGCCAAAAAAAUUUAUUGCGUUUGGUUGGUGAAUUUUACAUCGUUGGAAUAUUGGGAACGGCCAACGACUUCUUGGAUGACUUGGAUAUAAAAGUGAUCAGGGUUUACUCAUUGGAUAAAAGAAGAAAUGAGCCUAUUUUGACUUUGUUGUUGAAGUACUUGUUAAAUUUUGACAUCGAACUGGGAAGAAGCUUAAACAUGGUUCAAUCUUUUUUGAGAAGAUACGGUCACAUUAUUUUUGUUGAAGAUGAAUUAUUACCACUGGACACUAAAAAUGUGCUCAAACAGAUAUUCCUCAUCUAUACCGAGGCAGUAUUUGGUAUCAUGAUGAAGCUAAAAAAGCAAGUUCAUAAAUUAGAUGUUCGCAAUAAGAAAGCAGCUAUAAGAACUGGACGUAUUCAAGAAACUGAACAACUUGAAUUGGAUGAAAAAACAAAAUUGUUUGAGCAUUUCAAAUCUGUGGCAAGUUUUUUAUCUCAGGUAUGUACUAUACCAUUGCCAAAUGAUUUGAACGAUUCAGCGGAAGAGGUGGAAGAGGAAGAUAAUGCUAUUGAGGUCGUCAAGCAAGCAGCUAGUAGUGACGAAGACUUGUAUGGAGUUUGGGAAGACGUGAAGGAAAAGAAUUUUUACACAGUUAUUCCGCUGCUAGGCGAAUUAAUGGAAGCUCACCCAGAAAUAUGCGAAAGUAAAUCCACGCAGUCAAACAAGGAUGGGGAAAAGAUUCAGGAGUUUUUGGAUCGGUUGGAAGAUGUUAGAGGGAACAAUUUAGAACAACUUGUGGUGGAGUUUAACAAUUUGAAUUUAAAUAACAAAGCCACGAAGAACAGGAUUAUGCGAUUUUUCAUUGAGACGUCUACCGUGAAUAACCUCAAAUACUAUACUAGAUUCUUAAAGAUCAAUGAACUCAAUUUGUCUGAAUUGAUUGAGGAAUUGAUUAUAUAUUUAGACAAAGGAUUUCGAUCUCGAAUUCAUCGAAAUAAACUCAAUGUUAAGAACAUAUUGUUUUUUGUUGAGUUGGUUAAAUUCAAAAUGGUGCCUAAACACGUUGUAUUCCACAAAAUACGUAGUUUGACGUUGAACAUUACAUCGACAAAUAAUUUGGAAAUUUUGACUGUGUUUUAUGAACAUGUGGGGAGGUUUUUACUUCACGAUGCAGAUAGUAAGGAUUUGAUGCGUGAAAUGAUUGGCUUGUUGAAAGAAAAGCUGAAGCAAUCCAACUUGAAGGUGAAUGACAAAUUAGCCAUCAACAAUCUAUUAAUUACAGUAGAGCCACCGGUAGCAAAAGUGCAAUCACUUAGGCACGUACCGAAAUUAUCAUCAAAACAAAAAUUUGUUGCGAAAAUUUUGAGAGAGGAGCUAAAUGCGGAUACCCAACCACUUGUUGUCAAGCUUUUCAAAUCAAAAUUCACUAAUCUUGGCCAGCCUGAGUUUCAAACAAUGGUUGAUUGUUUCUCGAGUCCAAACUUGGUGAAUUAUGACAAUAUACCUUCACUUGCGAAAACAUUACUGAAUUUUGGCGAAAAAAACAAAUUCUUAGUGGUACUUUGUGUGGAUACCGUUUUAGAGAAUAUCAUCCGUGGUUUAGAACUUAAUGAUUUUAGGAUGAAUAGAACUCGAAUGGCACAGGUGAAAUUUUUGGCAGAGCUUUACAACUAUAAGGUGAUUAAUUUCAAGCUUGUUAAUGAUAUGUUGUAUCGAAUUGUUUGCUAUGGGCAUCCCCAGAACCAACCGUUGCCUCAGAAUUGGGAGGUUGAAAUUGACUUGCCGAAUAAUUACUUUAGAGUACAAAUAUGUUGUUUGUUGUUGCUAUCUAUUAAGUCAAUUUUCAUGGAUACCGAUGUUGGCAGGAAAAAAUCACUGAAUCGUGCUGCAAGUAUCAAGAGAAGGAAUGAUAUUAACAAGAAUCUUUUGGGGGUAUUUUUAACGUUUUUCCAAUAUUAUUUGUACUGCAAAGAGGCACCAUUCCCAGUGGAUGUAAGAUUCAAGUUGGACGAUUUGUUUAAAAAGUACAAGAGCAUUCCCACUGUGAAACGGUAUGACACAAUAAAUGAGGUUAUCGCCAGCUUGGAUGGUGCCAUGCAAAGAAGAAAGGAGGCGGAACUUUUGUUGGAGAAGGAAGAUGAAGCUAUUGAGAACGAAACCGAAGGGGUGGAUUCAGUCACUGUAAGCUCAGACGACGAUAGCGAUGCCAAUAAUGAUGAAGAGGAAGAAGAUGAUGACGAAAGCGAUGACGAUGGUGAUGAUGAUGAUGACGAUGACGAUGACGAUGAUCAAGAAGAAGCGGAUGAAGAUAGUGCGGCCGAUGUUGAUGAUAGUGAGGACGAUGAUGACGAAAGUGACGAAUCUGAUGAGGAAGACGAAGUGCUCCUUGAUAAAGAGCUCUCACGUGUAUCAUCAUCAUCCGAAGACCCCCUAUCGGAAGCAGAGAAGGCUAGACUCGAAGUGGAACGAAAAUUCCAGGAGGAUUUGGAUCGCGAAUUCCAAAAGAUCAUGCUUGAGUCAUAUGGAUCAACGCAGCAGCUGCAACUGCUGCAACUGCAGAACCUACUGGGCAAGUCAUCAACUUUCAAGCAAUCGUUACCACUUCCUAGUCAACUCGACCUUUCCAAAAGAUCCUCACCUAGGGCUAAUCAACAAGGUACAGUGGCUUUUGGAUUGUUGACUAAGAAUGGCAAAAACCAAAAAGUUAAACAACUCAAUUUACCUUCGGAUAAUAUCUUUGCCGAGUCGGUGGUUAGAGAACAAGAGAAUCGAAAGCGUGAUAAGCAAAGGAUCAUUACACUUGCAUCCAGAAUGGAUGACUGA